CGUUUCAUUGGUCUCAACCUGAACACCAGGCGUUGUUCGUCUCAUCCAAUCUCAGUAAGCCCUCCCCAGCCUCACGACAAUAUGCGGUAUGCCAUGGUAGAAGUCUUGAGACGAUGGCUUGGCAAGGGGAUACUACGCCGCACACGUUUUGGAUGGCAGCGCUCAAGAGGCAUCGCAGGAAGUCUUUUGCCUCACGGGAAAAGUAUAAAUCCAAGCUUCGGGUCGUCGGUCUUUAGAUCUUCAGUUCUCACUCAACAAUCUCAUUUAAUCACUACUUUCAAUUCUUUUCCGCUGGUCGGUUAAUCCAUUUCACAUCCUAUAUCUUCUUCAUCACAAUCAGUCGCCAGGAACCAACCCAAAAAACCCUUUCUUCAACAAUCCAAAAUGCAGUUCUCUAUCACCGCCAUUGUUCUCGGCCUCGCUGCCUUUGCCUCCGCCGGCAUCGUCGACACUGAGGGUGUGCGCAACGCCCCUCGCAGUGCUGUCCUGGUCACCCGUCAAAAUGGUCAGAACGGCGGCCGACCUGUCCCCAGCGGUGAAUGCUGUGUCGCCAACACCAGCCUGAAGCAGGACGCUUGCACUGCUUCCAAUGGUCAAGCCGGUCGCUGCGUUCCCGGUGGUAACAACUGUGGUGGCCGACUUAGCUGCGUUGCACAGGCAAACCUGCAAUGUGAUGCCAACGUCAUUGAGCGCGGAAAGGAUCUUUGCCGCGCCAAGGCUGCUAAUGGUCUAUUUGAUGGUGGUAACAUCAUCCAGAACCUUAGCCAGGCUAAGGUCAACUAAGGGAGAGCUUGAAGUGGAAGAACAAUAGUUAGAGGGGGUUCUGGCGUUGAGGACCGAUGUAGGAAGGAGUUAUGG